AUGGCCCUCUGCUUGGUGUCUGCGCUGCUGCUGCUGCUGGGGUGGCCGAGCUCGGCGGGACCGAACCGAUGCGUGGACGCGGCCGAGGCGUGCACGGCGGACGCGCGCUGCCAGCGACUGCGCACCGAGUACGUGGCGCAGUGCCUGGGCCGCGCCGCCCCGGGAGCCUGCGCUCGAGCCCGCUGCCGCCGCGCCCUGCGCCGCUUCUUCGCCCGCGGGCCGCCCGCGCUCACCCACGCGCUGCUCUUCUGCGCGUGCACCAGCCCCGCGUGCGCCGAGCGCCGGCGCCAGACCUUCGUCCCCGCCUGCGCCUUCUCGGGACCCGGCCGCGCGCCGCCCUCCUGCCUGCAGCCGCUGUACGCUUGCGAGCACAGCCGGGUCUGCAGGCCCCGCCUUUUGGCCUUCCAGGCCUCGUGCGCACCGGUUUCUGGAGCCCCCGACGGCUGCAUGCAGGACCAGGCCCCCAGCUGCCGGCUUGCCUUCGCAGGCCUCGUAGGCACCGCCCUCACCCCCAACUACGUGGACAACGCUAGCGCGCGCGUGGCGCCCUGGUGCGACUGCGGAGCCACCGGCAACCGGCGCGAGGAGUGCGAAGCCUUCCGGAGGCUCUUUACAAGCAACCCCUGCUUGGAUGGAGCCAUACAGGCCUUUGACAGCGGGAGGCCCCGGCAGGAGGCAGGCUGGGACCCUGAGCACAGCCUCCUGCAGGUGUCCUCUGCCCCUGGUGGGGCGCUGGAGGGGGGCUGCCUGCUCUCCUUGCUCCCUGUCUUGACCCUCCAGCCCCUGCUCUGACUAGGACAGUGGAUCUCAGACUGCACCGGUUCCACCCUGCUAGGGUACAGGGCUGACUGGACACUGCCUGGACACUGCCCCCCUCCCAUGUCCCCAGGCUGAUGUCCACUAGGACCUGACUGCCACAUCCCCUGGCUCCCUUCUAGUAGAUGGUAAAACUUCCCUUUCUUGGUGGUGGGUCCCUUGCUCCUCCCUCUACCCCCACCUUGGGGUAGUUGGGGGUCACCCUUAGGGUAGGGACAGGACAGGGUCACCUGAGUGGCUGAGGACCGAAGCGCCCCAGAUCAUCUGGAGGUCAGAGACCAUCUGAUUUCCAGAAUGCCAGGAAGCGUUAUCAGCCCCCUGAGUGCGUCUGAACUGACAUGAAGGCAAAACUCCUUCUAACAUUGCAGUGCUGCCCCCAGCACCCUCCCCCUUGUGCCCCCCAGCUGAGCUGGGCAGAGUACUUCCUGUCCAGGAUGUGCUGCUAGGUGGGCACCCCUUAAAUCGGAAUCCAGACCCCUGCACUGGGCUGACCCUGUAGUGACCUUCUGCACCAUCUAACCCAGCACGAACCAAUAAACCCAUGCGCCCGGAGACUGGUGAGCCUGACUGUGUCUCCUGGUAGCAGGGAGAACUGAGUCAUCUUCAGGAGGUGCCUUCACUGACCUCUGUGACUUGUGGGGGCGUCCUGCCUUUGGUGCUGAGUCGAAGCAUCAACUAGGCUCUCUGGAUGAGAACUGUGCAUGCUUUAACUUUCUUCUCUGUAUACUCAGAAGAAAACUACCUUCCUUGGGGGGCUGGAGUGAUAGCACAGCAGGUAGGGCAUUUGCCUUGCAUGCCGCCAACCCGGGUUUGAUUCCCAGCAUCCCGUAUGGUCCCCCAAGCACCACCAGGAGUAAUUCCUGAGUGCAGAGCCAGGAGAAACCCCUGUGCAUCGCCGGGGUUCCAAAAAGCAAAUCCCAAAUCCGAAAUACAAAAAGCAAAAUAAAUAAAAAUAAAGAAAACUACCUUCCCCAGACUUCCCCAAGUGCACGUGGCUGGUAAUAGUUCCCUGGUGGCCCCCAUCCUUAGAAGUGAUGCCUGUACGAUCAUACCCUGUUCCCAGACACUGACUGUGGUCAAUGAAAAGUGACCAGCCAAGCAGGGGUAGGAGCCUGGCCUGCUGGCCUCCAUGGAGCAAUUCUGUGUCAUCAUGCUCCAGAGCUCCCUGGGGCACAGGCUAAUGCUCAAUCCCAGCAGAUACCACGUCCUUGUUGAGUAUUUUUUCUGCUCCCUCCUGACACCCUCACUUAGAGGUUCCCCUAAAGGUCCUUCCUCCAAUAAAUCAUAGUCUGAGACUCCAUGUCAGGGUCUCCGCUUCUUAGAGAAGCUGAUCCAAAAACACCAGUGACUCUGAGCCUAGGUGCUUGGCAGCUCAUGCUCCCCCUCAUUCAUCCUUCAGCCCCCCCUUCACAUACACUACAGGUGGCAGCUGUCAACCUGUCUCCCAGUACCAGCCAGGACUCACCUGCUGGACGCUGUACACGCCUCAAACUACCUUGAGCAUAUAACUGAGCAGGCUGGGUUUCAGGCAUAGCUGUCUCCAGGUGUUCAAAUGCUAUUUCCUCCAUGGCUCUGUAGUGGUUUCCCUCUGCAGCCAGCUGGUCCACACGGUGGGUGGGGAAGUACACCCCUGUCAGCCCUGGACCCACCCUGUCUCAUCAGAGAAUAGCAUGACUUGUGCAAGCAUCCCUGGAGUGGCCCUGAUGUGGAUGCAGGGCCUCUGGUGGGUGCAGCAGGAUCAAAAGCCCCUCCCAGUGUCCUGAGGAAGGACAAUCCGCCAGGUUCACAGGAAAGGGGAAGGCCAGGUUUCCGCAGAGGUAAGGAGCACUGCUCAGAGUGAAGCUCCGGUGCCGACCUGCUCCCACAUGACUAAGAGUGUACUCAGCCACUUACACCUCUGUGGGAGUUGGCACCUACAGGCGGACAUGUACGGGAGUUUACAUGCGACGGAUGGUAGAAAAACAAAAGCUUAUCCUGCUUGCCUGUUUAUGUGAUUAGGCAGUGACCCGAAUGCAGAAUUAAAUGUCUUCUGAAUGACUGGCCUUAUGCAAGAAUGUGUCGAACUCUGUGGUCACAUCUCUCCAGCCUCCAUCUUCACACAGCCCUCCCCUCUGUCCACCUGUUCAGUCCCCGGCCUCUUUCCUGGAAAGAUGCACAUGACUGCAUUUCAGGCCCCACCUGGGUCAAGCAAGACAGGUGCCUUCUUUCAAGAUAACAUAAGUCAAAUGUCUUGCCCUAUGAAGUCACAUUCUUUGUCUGCUUACCUACGAAGUCACAUUUUACAGGCUGCAGGCAGGGAGUGAUGGGGCCACCAUUCAGCCCAGUGGCAAGAUGGUGUCCUUUGCAUGCCACAUCUCUGCUCAGAGCAGACAGAGCCACACGGCAGCCCUCCUGGGCCUCUCCGCCCCAGGCUGCAAGACUGCAGCCCUGGAGGUCCCCAAGCACCACCAGGAUGAUGAGCCGGAGCAUCCUGGCUAAGAGGACUCGAGCGAGCAUCAACACAGAUGUGGGCAGCGCCCAGGGG